AUCUUGCUGUGAACUCUAUGGCAGAGCUUGGAGUUUCAUGUGCAGCACUGCAAUGAUCCACGAUGUAGUGUUGUUAUCGCUCGAUAGCUCAACAUUUUUGUGAGAGGUUGAUUAAAAUUAACCGUUUUUGUGGAUUUGAGAAAAAAAUUUAUCUCAGUUUUGUCAGCAAAUUAUUUUUCGAUUCUUGAGCCAAAAGAUGCAAAGAGAGGAUAAGCUACCAAAUGAAUAGCCCCAAAACCGAGAGAUUGUCAAGGCACCCAGCGUCAUCGAUGCAGUUGUCAAAACGGAAGCCCGGGCGUGUAUUGACUGAUAAGGAUGUGGAGUCAAGAACCCGACUCAAUGGAGAUUCCAAUAAGGGUGACUCUGCUAACGGAAAUCGGCCGCCGUCGAUGCAGGACAGACCCGAUAAGCCCAAACAGCAGAGUGUCCUAGUUGUUCCCAGCGACUCAUCCCUCCAGUACACCAAUGGCAUGGAGGCUGAUAACCGUAUCCAUGACGUGAAUGAUUCCAAAAAUCCUCCUCGAAAAUCUCGCCACAAUCCGGGUCCCCUCCCGCCCGACGGUAAUGGCCCGGGACGGCGUAACUGGCGACCGAUGGCUGGGGCUGCGGCCGCCAGCACAUCCGCCGCCGUUCUCGAUACCUUUAGCAACCGUACCGUUGGCUCAUCCGAGCGCUCAUCCACUGGUUACCAUGCAGAAUCUCGGAAACGUAUGCGCCGACAAAAUGGACGCCUACCGCGUUCGCAUGGUAAUUUCCGUAAUAAUCGCCAUGAAGCGGAUGGCUGGCGUAGGCGACAGUUGGGAAACUGUCUGAAAGCGGAUCAGCACAUGAGUCCUCACGGCGGCCCAGCACGAACAGGCAGUUCAUUGUCGAAAAAAUCGGGAUCGUCCGAUAAGACGGCGGGUUCUUCACCAGGGGGCCCGGGUCAACAAAGAAAAAAUGCCCGACAAAAUGCGCAGUCCCGGCCUACGACAUUUUUCUCAAAACUCGCUUCGGAAUCGACAUCUGCUCCCGUACCAUCGCCCGCAAGCGCUGACAAACUUCAGCCCAAGCUGAAGUCACAAGUGAAACGAUUGUCUGCGGAACGAACGGAGCAACAAAAAACGGAAAGCCCGGCGAAAGCAUCUUCCGGUCGCAACGCUGCUCCACCGGCCCCUGUCCUCCCGUCUUCAAGUGGGGACUGGACUGUACAAAAGAGCUCUACUGGGAAGCAGUAUUACUACAACAAGAAGACGAAAGUGUCUCAGUGGACACUACCUGGGGAACUUGCAGUUGUUAAUACGAGCCAGGGUGAUACAUCUGACGCACGAGCGCAAGAUACAGGAGAACCAGACCGAAAGAAACCGGUUCCGACAGAAGAAACAGAGCGGAAAAAGCAUGUUCCUAAACGGAAAGCCGAAGAAAUCGUCUCACCGGGAACUAGUGUCGCUGCACCCAAAUAUCCCAAGAUUACGCCACGCAAUGAAUCACUGCUAGGCAGUCCAAUUAGCGAUGACGACAAUGGGAUGUCUUUACUGAAAGGAUGUGCGGUUUCCUCCGCACAGUCAGUGGAAAUGGAUAUAUCCGAUGGCAGCGAAAGUUCUGCGUCGAACCACUCAAAAAAGGCUAUGGCAUCUGCGCAUAGGGGUCCUUCGCCGUCUCGCUCCAAGGUCUCAAAUGAAAAAUCAGGGAAAACGUGCGCGGAAAUCUCUCCUAGCGGAAAACGGACAAAAGCACCUACCGUGGAUGAUCUCCGAAAACUAAAUGAAACCCUCGACCCAGGAAACCGAAGGAGCGACAAACUGCAACGUGUAGAGAAAUGGAUGAAAAAAAUCGAAACCGUGAUUGAUACUGUUUCUUCGCCACCUGAUGAUGUUUCAUUGUCACCCGUUUCGUCCAUAGCCUCAAUGGAGUCUGCUGGAACCAGCCCUUCCCGACACGCGGAUUCACCCGUUGUAACCUCAACGGCAUUCUUAAAACUCGAGAGUGACUCUGCGUUACCAGCUGUCCACUGCCCGUCGCCUUUGCCCGCCGGUGGAUGUAGUAAGAUCGUCUUGCCUACCUUUGAUUUAUGCGAGCUUCCUGAUCUCUCCAAAUCCGAUGUUCCACCGGAAUUUAACGUAACCUUAACCCAAAUUUUUCGCAGCUUGAAAAUCGAAGCUACGGAAGAUCAGCGAUGUAAAAUUUUGCUGGAAAGUUUAGCCCAGCAGCAUUGUCGUGCGGAUGAAAAAACGGUGGUCUUGAAGAAUAAUUUGGCGGACAUAAGGCAGACGAAAAUUGUUACUUCAUCGGAAACUGACCACAUCAAUUCCUUAUCGAAAUUUGAGGAUGAACUGUUUCGAUCAAUCCACUCAGGACCGGAAAACAAACCGGCAGACUCUCCUUUAAAAACUGUUGUUAAAGUGGAAAGUGUGGAAAUGGAUAUCAAAGAGGAAAACAGUAACGAUUCGACACUGAAGCGUGUGCUUGCCACGCCGGACGUCUUUCCUUCCAAGGGACUGGAGAUGUCCGCUUGAAUUUGAAUAUAACCCUAGUCAGGCAUCAUCAGUUCAUUGUAUCUGGCAGUUACUAGCUUUUGAUGGAUUCUCUUUGUGGAUUUCAUAAGAACGUAGGCAAUGAGGGGUGCUUGGGUAACUUGAAAAACGCGGGGCAUGCCGGGUAUUACGUUGCUGUGACUGAUCCGAACUUUUUUGAGUCAGUGGGCACUGACUCAGCUGAUGCGGGGAAGUGUUUGUACUUUUUGUUUCAUAUUUAUUUAGAAAAAUUUCGUAACGACUUGGGUUCUUUAUUACAGUGCAAAAAGAUAAUAAAGUUCUUUAUUAAGUGGAAGUGCGACGGUGACUAUACUGUCUGCACUUUCAAAUUAAGCUAUUAA